GAUUUUAUUUGACACCAAAUAAAUGCCAAGAAGAAAAGUGACACGGGCUGCAAAAACCCGGAAAACAUCAAGGGUUUCAGAUGCUGAUGAGGGUGAAAUCACUAACAGGGAAAAAAGGGAAAAAUUAGAGAUGUACCUGAAAGAUUUUGAUACUAUGGUUGAGAAAAAAUUACAGUCUUUUGAGCAGACUAGGUCUAGUUUGUUCAAACAGUUCCGACUUUUUCAUCAAUAUGAAAUACAAAAACUUGGAAAAACAAACCUUGAAAUGACCCUAGAAGAAUAUGCAGGACUUGCAGAUUGCAAACCAGAAUCAGAAAAAGAAAAUGUGGAGGCGGAUGAUGGAGAAGAAGAGAAGGAGGAAGAGGAGCUAUUUCCAGAUCUUCCAGCAAGCCUGAGAAGACAUUUUUCACGGGCCAAAGCAACAAAUCUGAACAUUCAAGACACUAUAAUGGAGGACGAUGUGUUCACAGAAAAUGGGAACAAAAUGGACAAGAGAACUUUGCCAGACCCUGGGCUGAAGAGAUUUGCUUCUGCCAAAAAGUUCAUGCCCCCACCAUCUCCAGGAGUUGCAUUUAAAAGUCGCUUUUUGGGAUCAGCACAGAAAAAAUAUAUGACCCCAGUUAAUCGUACGUUAGCUGAUGCAGGUUGGUCCAACACACCACUCGUUACACCCAAAUUUGAUCCAAGGGUCCCACUGACCCCAGCAGACACUAGGAGGGCCAAGCCAGGAGAGAUUCUUAUGUCCUUAGAUGGAAGUCCUGUUCAGAGCAAUAGCCAUACCAAUGCAUAUAACUUCAGUGUCAAACAAAAACGAAAUACUGUUACAUUAGACAUUCAGAUGCCAGAAGUUACAGAUAAAGAAGAAAUUGAUUCACUGCCACAUGAGAAAAAAUUGACAGCAAUAAUAAAUGUAUUAUCACAAGCACUGAAAGAGGGGAAGGGGGGUCAGUGAAUUUCUAUAGAGAGCCGAAAAAUGACCAAUUCAGUCAGCAGAAAUAUCUAAGUAUCUGUAUUUCUGAUGUGGAUGUGUAAAUUGUCUAUCAACAUUUUAAUUAUUUUUUUUUCUGUGAAUUUGAAGUUUUAUACAGAAUUUUAAAAAUGUCCUCAAGGAGGGUGGUAUUGUUGAUUUUUAUUUUGUUG